AAUUACAACUCUUUAUUAAAUUGAAUCUUUGAAAUGUCCGAAAUAAGAUGAAAUGGAUGUUUUUAUUUUUAUGUUUUUAGCUAAUUUUGCCUGGUAUCACAUAGCAGCAGACGACAUGUUUGUUAAAUCUGGAGAUAAUAUUACACUGCAUUGUUCGGUUGUCGGAAAUUCCUUUUUUUGGACAAAAGAUGAUUUCAAUCACCUUUUCGACAACCAGAAAUAUGAUGGUACCAGAACCGUUUCUUUAACGGUUAUCAAUGCUCAUCGUGACGACUCUGGUUUGUUUCGCUGCACUGUAUACACGGGCAUGGGUCCAUAUCUUCAUGGUCCGUAUCAUAAAUUGAACAUUAUUGACAACAACACAAUAUCUGCAGGAAGUAAUAUAGGAGUGGACAUGAAAACUGAGAAAAAACUGUCAACAGUGAAUAUAGGUUAUGAAGAAACAUCCAUUAAAAGUGAGUUUGGGACAGACAUGAAGUUCAUAGGAAUAUUUUCAGAUGUAACAAUAGGCAUCAUCGUUGUAGGAACUGGAUUUAUAAUUAUUGUCAUAGCGACUGGUGUUUUGGCCAUACUGUGUAACAAAGAUCGUAAACCAAGAAAAUUACCAAUACGACAAACACGAAGACAUUUUCUCCGAAGAUCGUCGUAUAAUACUGAGCCUAAUUUGAAAAGUGAUGUCUAUCUAACUACUGACCAAAGAUACGAGUAUUUUGAAAUUGACGAAAAACUGUCGACUUGUGCGCCAUAUGAUAAUGCAGAAUACUCGUACGAAGACCUAAUUACUAGAAGACAGUACACAUAUAUGCCAAUAAAUCAAAAUAUAAACAUUGGAAACAUUGACGGAAACUCAAGAUUCGAACCUAUUGAUUAUGGCUAUAUAGACGGACAGUCAUCAUUUGAACCCAUUGAUUAUGGCUAUAUAGCCGGGGAGUCAUCAUUUCAACCUAUUGAUUAUGGCUAUAUAGACGGAAAGUCAUCAUUUCAACCUAAUGAUUAUGGCUAUAUAGACGGAAAGUCAUCAUUUCAAACACCUGAUUAUGACUAUAUAGACGAGUAGUCAUAAUUCAACCGCUGAUUAUGACUUAAAAGAUGGGUCGGUGUGAUCUCAAUCAGUCGCUUAUGUCUAUUUAUACUGACAGUCAGCUUGUAAACCUUAGAAUUAUUGUUUUUUUUAUGAAUAAUUACCUCCAGAAAAUAAAGCAAACUUCAUAAUUUC